AUGGCCGAGUCCAACAUGAAUCUUGAGGAGGCGCUGGCAGCAUGGGACAUGUUGUGCGCCGAUAUCACAACCUACCGCCUCGUCAACGAGCCUGCUGUUGCCGCUGGACAGCCACCCGUCAAGCCAUGGAUUCUGACGGCUGCACGUUUCGACAAUCUCCUCAAUGUCUACCACGUGCUCUACCCGCGGGGCGUCUCCGCCUGGAUCAACCAGCGACCCACGUUCAUACUCUUCCUGCUGCAGUACAACUAUGCAACCAACGGCGGUGUGCUUGGAGUCCCUAUGCACUCGGUUCAGUUCUUCAACCGCACCAUCUCCUCACGCGAGGCUGAUUACCUUUUCAAUCGAAUCACGCAGGAGGUCGCCCAGCCCGGCUCGACGGGCACUGCCACCUGCAGCGACGUGUUUGCUCCCCUAGAUGAUGCGCACAGCUACGCGAUCAUCCGAAUGCGAAGCGCCUGUCCCGAGAGCACAGCAAGCAGCGGAUAG